AUGACGGGAAGCUGUGAUUUUCUCCAUGAACUUGCGUCUGCUUUGGGUUCCAGUCGAGUUAACAGGGAGAGAAAUAUCAGCACGGUGAGGUGAGGACAGACUUUCCUUAAACUGGACGGGGAUUCAACCCAGGACACACUGAGACACGAACUUUGUGUUUGAACUGAGGGAUUUAACAACCGAAACGCCCGCGGGAGACAUUUUGGAUCCGGGUGUUCGCCAACAGUUGAAACAAAUCCCGCUGCUGUGGCUGUGGAUCAUCAGCUGGGACGGGAAUGGCUCGGCCGAGGAGGAAAACCACUCCUGGGUGUUUAGCAUGAGGCUCUGCAGGGGGAAGCGGCUGGAAGACAACAGUCAACACUACAGUAUCAACAAGGAGAGGCAGAGGACGAGGACAGUGUGCGCUCGAGCUGCCCGGUGACAUUAAUUUCUCCAGUAGAAGAAGAGGAAGAAGAUGGCAGGAAGAGCGGAGCUGCUGGACAUCUGCUGCCUGCUGCUGCUGCUGCUGAGCGGAAACUCACACUGCAGAGAGUCACAGCAGACGGAGCACCUGUCCUCCUAUCAGCUGACUGUCCCUCGACCAAUAGGAGGCAGACUGAGGCGGGACGUGGAUGGAAAGCCACCCAGUCAGGUCUCUUAUGUCAUCAGCGUGGAUGGAAACGAUCAUGUUGUUCAUCUGCAGAGAAAUGAGCUGCUGCUUCCUGCAGACUUCACCGUCUUCUCCUACAGUCAGAACGGCUCGCUGAUCACAUCCAGACCACCUGUACAGAACCACUGUCACUAUGAGGGCUUCGUUCAGGACAUGGAGGGCUCCUCUGUUGCAAUGAGCAUCUGCCACGGCCUCAGAGGAGUGUUACACCUCACUGACGACAGUUACGGCAUCGAGCCGUCAGACUCCGCCCCUGGUAAGCACCUGGUGUACCGUCUGCAGGAUGUGACAUCACAGCCACGUGGAUGUGGAACCGCGCACGGUGAUGAGCACGACCACAACAACACCACUGAGCACGCUCAAUACAAACCAGAGCAAAUCCACCACCACAGACCGCACAGCAGGAUGAAGCGAGCUAUUCUCCAUCAGACUCAUUAUGUGGAGCUGCUGCUGGUGGUCGACAACGACAGGUUUAUUUACAUGAACAGGAAUGAGACAGCAGUGAGGGAGGAGAUGGUCCAUCUGGCCAACUUCGUAGACAGCAUCUACAUGCAGCUGAACGUUCGGGUGGUCCUCGUUGGUCUUGAGAUCUGGACUCAGCAGAACCUGAUCAGCACUGAUGGAGCCGCUGGAGAAGUGCUGAGUCGCUUCACCCAGUGGAGAGAGAAAGAGUUGGUUCCCCGCCGUCGGCAUGACUCGGCACAGCUCAUCCUGAAGAAGAGUUUUGGAGGAACAGCAGGUAUGGCCUUCGUCUCCACCGUCUGCUCCAGAAGCCACGGAGGCGGGAUCAACGCGUUCACUAAUAACAACAUUCCCUCGUUCGCCUCCAUCGUGGCUCACGAACUCGGUCACAACCUCGGGAUGAACCACGAUGACGGACGCCCCUGUACCUGCCCCACCGCCGCCUGCAUCAUGAACUCCGGGGCCACUGGAUCCAAGAACUUCAGCAGCUGUAGUGCUGAUGACUUUGAGAAGAUGAUCUUGUUGACGGGGGGGACGUGUCUCCUGAACGUCCCCCGGCCUGAUGAGGCCUACAGCGCCCCCUACUGUGGAAACAGACUGGUGGACAUGGGAGAGGAGUGUGACUGUGGCUCACAGAAGGAGUGUGAGGAGGACCCCUGCUGUGAGUAUCAGACCUGUAAACUGAAGCCUGGAGCUCAGUGUGCCUAUGGAGAGUGCUGCUCCAACUGCCAGUACCUACCAGGUGGAAGCGUGUGUCGCUCCAGAACAGAUGAGUGUGAUCUACCAGAGUACUGCAACGGCUCGUCGUCCUUCUGUCAGAGCGACGUCUUUGUCCAGAACGGGCAGCCCUGCAGGGACCAGCAGGCCUACUGUUACAACGGGAAGUGUCAGCACUACGACGGACAGUGUCAGGCCAUAUUUGGCUCCAAGGCGAAGGCGGCUCCUGAAAUCUGUUUCAAAGAUGUCAACAGUAAAGGAGAUCGUUUUGGCAACUGCGGCUACCACAACUUCGGCUACAAGAAGUGUGAGAGCAGAAACGCUCUGUGCGGGAAGCUGCAGUGCUCCAACGUCCAGGCGGUGACCGUGUUCGGCAUCGAGCCGUCGAUCAUCAGCACGCCGAUCGCCGGAGCCAAAUGUUACGGAGUCGACUUCAUGCUGGGCUCAGACGUCCCCGAUCCGGGCAUGGUGAGCGAAGGGACCAAGUGUGGAGACAACAAGGUCUGCAUCAACUUUGAGUGUCGCAGCGCUGACAUCCUGAACUACGACUGUGAUGUGGAGAAGAAAUGUCAUGGACACGGGGUGUGUAACAGUAACAGGAACUGUCACUGUGACGACGGCUGGGCCGCUCCUUUCUGUGAGGUCAAAGGUUACGGCGGCAGCGUGGACAGCGGACCCACGUGGAACGAUAAAGACACGUCUCUCAGAGACGGUCUGUUGGUCUUCUUCUUCCUCGUUCUUCCUCUGCUCGCUCUGGGUGCGUUUGUUUUCCUGCGCAGGAACGAGCUGCUGCGACGACUCGGGCUGAGCCGCAGGAAGCGGUCGCAGGGAUACCAGGCCGACGGGGCAGCUUCAGCCAAUCCCAGCAGAGGACCGCCUCCAUCUGUUGCCCGUGGCAACACCAGCAACAUUGUCAGAGACGGGCACCACGCUCAGCUGCUGCCACCUCAGGAGGUGGUGGAGACCAGCAGGACGGCUCCCAGCUACGCUCUGAGACCUCCUCCUCCACCUCUAAAACCGAAACCUUCUGCUGCAUCACAGCCUCUGGUGCCUCAAAGACCUGCUCCGCCUCCACCUGUUUAACCAGUCAGAGGGCUCUGCCCACCACACCUGGAUGACCCCCACCUCCUCUCCCUCUCCCCCUCUUUAAUAAUCAGUCCCUACUCACUUAGAACUGGUUACUUAGCAACAGCCAGGAAGCCAUUUUGGAGCGAAGAUGGCAGACAGCUGGCCUUGAAGCUGGGCAGCGAACUGGAGCGCUCCGUCAGGAAUCUGGACCCAGUCAGACUGAAGUGGGAGUUUGCCAGGACAAACAGGAUCAGACCAGAACUGAACUGCAGCAGCUACUGUUCUCCACAGUCUCUUUCUUUCUUUCUUUCUUUCUUUCUUAAGUGCUGUCUAGAGACAAAAACUCCACCAGGUACUCUGUCACCAAACCUGCCAAUCAUGUCUCCAGAACAGGUACCAACCAAAAAUGUAUUCACCAACAUUUUGUAUUCUUGCUGUAAAUUUACUCCCAUCACGUCUGUUAGUAAUAACUGACUGGGCUUAGGCUUACAGCGUCACAGCCGAUGCUGGUUAGCUGCUUUGUUUCUCAAAUAUUCUAAUAACAUUUCCACUAUGUUGUUAGCUAGCCCGUCUGUUAGGUUGGAUAGCUGAGCUGAGCUGAGUGACCUGACCUCUUUACCAGUUCAACAGUUGAUGCUGUCACUGCUGAGUCACUCUAAAGAAGUAGUUAAUCCAUCAUUUUUGUCACUAAUAAGCAAACUGAUUUUUGCUAGCUAACAAUGAUAGCAAAGCUUACAUGUUUACAAGCUAAUGCUAAACACAUUAACAAUGUACUUCUGUUGUAAAAAGCAGUUUUAAUUCAGCAAAAGUCUGUCACCAGUGAACUAAUGCAACGGGUGACUCGUUGGCAGACAUUUGGUAGCUUUGCUAUCUGAUGGGUUAGUUAGCUACACUAUCUUUCACACAUUUUAACGCCAGUAUUUCCUGUGCAGUACAGUCAGUUAGCCAGUGUGCUAACAAGCAGCAAUAUUGGAAGCCACUUCAUACUCACAGCAGUUCUGUCUGACAUUAUUCUGAGUGUCUGGUUUCUCCGUAGAACCAGUAGAUUCAGUCAGUUCAUGAUGGAUCCAUGACAUGUGCGCCACUGAGGGCUAACAGUCCCACAAUGCAAUGCUCUGCACUUUAGUGAAUCUGAUCAUGCAUAAUGAUGUGACUCGUGAAGUUUAGCAUAUGGUCUUAGCAUGUACUUAGUGUUUCACUCUGAUUGGCUGGUUUGAAGACACGCAGGUCACUGGAGGUGGAGUUUGCUCUCGUAAACUUUUAUUUUUUCUGUCUCUGAAUGAAAGCACUGGUGCCGUCUGAUUGCACUUCCCCUCUGAUCAGCACUGUCAUAGGAACGCAACGCACCGAUGCUGCUGUGUGCGGAUGUGUUUGGCUUCCACCGCCCGCCUCGUCCGGCCGACGCUCUCCCUUCAGAGCUAUUAGAUCACAAUAUGCAACCCGGCGUGAGUGCGGCGCUCGCUGGGAUCUGUGUGGUGCGUCGAUGUUUGGGACUGUGCUGGCUGACGUUUCUGCAGGGAAUGUACGACCACUUCACUUAGUUUUACCACAAAGGAAUUCCCUGCUGAAACACUCCAGUGCUGUUAAAUCUGAUGUCUGUGACAUUCAGUAUCUACUGUGGCAAAACUAAAUGUUCACACGCCGACGUCCUGAUAUUUCUGAACAGAAAGUGUGUCAGUGAUGUGAAACAGCCACUGACACACUGCCUGUCUGGAUGUUGUUCAGAAGCCUUCUGGGAAAUGUAGGCUGGCACUAACAGUAGUUUGGCAUUUCCACGGCGCAGUUCAAGGUCGGGCCUUGAGUUACCACUUUUCCCCGAAGUUGAGGUUUGAGUUUAUCCGUUUUCAACAGAAAUGUGAGUGACAACAUGUCAUGUUCUGUUAAAUCAACUGAACGUCACAGAUUGAACAGUCGUUACAGUGUUGAAGUGUCUAAAAUUGGAAACGAUCUGCUAAACUCACAGCUCACCACUGGAACUCCUGCUUCCCUCUUUACUUCCUGUCGUCUUUAACGCUAACGUCACCCGAAUGUUGAGAAGCUAAACGAAACGCGCAAACAGAUUCUGAACAGAUUCUGAGCCCCAAAAGGCUCGCAGGUUUCACUCAAACCAGGGAUUUUUCAGCCACCAGUAAACCAAAUGUUGUAUCUGUCUGACUGGCUUCACCUGCUGUUAACUGACUGUUAGCAUCGUUAGCCAGUUAGCCCCACGCUGCGAUUAAUAAGCCUGGAUGCACUGUGUGAGGAGAACAUCUUGUUGAUAUUGUUAUCUGCUUUAGUAUAUUUUUAAUUUGCUAUCUUGAGUGUUUUUGCACAGAAAUCGUCGUGAACAUGAGGAUUAAAAGAAGUAACUCCCAGGGCUAAUUCUGUGCAGUUUAAUCAUUUUCAUGCCAAAAAAGUGAAAAGUGAUCAAUGUCUCCCUGAGAACAAACUGUUCACUCUGAGGUUAUCACAGUCAGUAAACUGCUUCUGCUGCUGCUGACAGCAGACUUUAAAGGUCGAAUCAGUCUGGUGAUAUUCCACAUUUCAUCUCACAUUCAGGCUCAAGCCAGCAGUGAAUUUUCUAACACACACGUUUGCCUCCUUCCUCUGUGCCAUAGACAUCCAUCAAAAACACACACACCGUCCUGCAGCCACACCAAAUGGGGAUUCAUCCACUGCUGAAAAUAGUCCCCACUAGGUGGACUCCUGAACUGAUGUGUGCCAUGAAGCCUUCAGGGUCUGAGCUGCUUCUCUCAGUGUCGCUUCGUUUCACAGCAUCGCAGUACGAACACGCUGCUGUUCUGCUGCUGCACAGUGGUGGGAUGGAACUGUGUACAUUUAGUACUGCAUUUGAGUACAAAUUCAAGGUACUUGUACUUAACUCCAGUAUUUCCAUUUUAUGUUAACUCACACUUGUACUCCGCUCCACCUCAGAGGUGAGUAUUUGUACUGCAGCUUCAGUUCGUGUCUGUGACAAACUGAAGGAUGAAGGUGAGAAUCCUCCUCCUCCUCCUCCUUCAGCCUGAAAACAGGCUGUUUGUGUGAGCUCAGGAACCUGUUUGGAGGUCCUGGUUCUCCCAGGACAGCCGGACUCCAGACCCAUGAGGAGGAGCUCAGAUGAGAGAAGAUGAACUCACUGACACAUCAGAUACUGCAGAAACGUACUUUACUGCCCUCUGAGUACUUUUACUGAGCGCAGUUUGCUGAAAGAACUUGCAUACGUUCACUUAUGUUUGAAUACUGGACUUGUAGUGGAAUAUUUUCAGUGUGCAGUAUUAGUACUUUAACUGAAGUAAUGGAUCUGGAUACUUCUUCCUGCUCUGACUCUGCAUGUGGAAUUUGUUUUAACUACUUAUAAAAUAACACCAGACUGAUCCUUUAAAGGGUAACCUGUGAUUCAAAUGUCUCAUCAGUGUCCAACCACGAGUUUGGAAAAUGAUGAAAAUGAUUUGAGGGAUUUUAUUGUCCUAUGUUUGGUCUUUAAGGCAGAAACUCCUCCAAACGUAAUCAGGGCAGCCUGAGAGAUAAAACUCAGGGCCUCUGGUUUCAUGAACUUUAAACCUGUGUACCACAACAGGUGAAGUGGGACAAGUAUGAUUGGUUGACGGGCAUCACCUGAUCUCCUUACGAACACGGAUGUCACCAUGGCAACGCGGAGAAUUGCAUCAUCUUUUUCUAUUCUAAAAAAUGAUUUUAUAGGAUUUUCUUUUUCUGCAAAAUGUAAACUUGUCAUCUGUGGUCAUGAAAAAACCUUUCAAUUGAGUUUUUAUUUCAUUAUUAAAUACUGCUGUGUCACGUGGAAA